AUGAAUUUUCACCAAGAAUCAGAAGAAGCCAUUAUAGCUUCUCCAAUCCAAGAAAGCGGGGAUGGUUUUCCGCAUGAAGCUUUGUUUCUUGCCUUAUCAUACCUUCCUGUAUAUGAGCUUCUUGUCCUCAAUCAAGUCUGCAGAUCAUUCAGAGAAGCUUUGAAGAAUGAUAUCUUGCCAUGGCUAAAUAUUGUGGUGGGAAAGCCCUUAAACAAGCGUUUGAAUGAUGAUCAUCUGUUCAAUCUCACCUCCAAAGCGCAGGGUCGGCUACAUACUUUGGCUUUGUUGAAUUGUUCUAGGAUUACAGAUGAUGGUCUUCUAAAAGUCAUAGCUGCAAAUCCGCUUAUAACCCAACUUUGGCUUCCAGGUUGCACAAGCUUAAACCCCAGUGGAGUGAUUGAAGCAGUGAAGUUGCUUCGAAGAGAUAAUCACAGAUUGAAGUGCCUGAAGAUCAGGGGCAUCUACAAUAUAAAGAAAGAAGAUCUUGAGAUACUACACCAGCUAAUCGAUGAUGAAAACCUGCCAAUGCAGAAGGAGGAAAUGAACUUGUAUCAUAACUACAAUGAUUUAUCCCCAUUUCAGCAAUCUGGCCCUGCCAUUGAUGUGGAUGUAUGCCCGAGGUGUGAUGAAGUGCGAGGGGUUUUUGAUUGCCCGAGAGAUUCGUGCAGAACAAUGAAGCAGCAUCAGAAGGUGAUGGAAUGCAGGGGGUGCAAGCUCUGCAUUCUGAGGUGUGAAGAAUGUGGCAUUUGUAUCAAAGAAGAUGAUCUGGUUGAAGUGGCUUGCGCCGAUGUGCUCUGCUUAGAUUGUUGGCUUCAGCUACCCAAGUGUAUUUUCUGCAACAAGCCAUAUUGCACUCAGCAUGCUGAUCAGCAAUGCAGACUCUCUGGCUCUUCAGGGUUUGUAUGUACGAAGUGCCAUGCAAAAUUUCUACAAAGUGCAUAA